AUGGAUAGGGAGCGAACCCUGGCCAAGAGCUCCAAACUCGAGUUGCUGGAUCGAGUGCGAGACAAUUUGGAGCACAUAACGUCUACUGUCACCGGUCCGGGCUCAAAGCUUAAUAAAAGUGACACGAAUGCGGUGGGAGCGUGCGUAAGGGAGGUGCUGGCGGUUGUGGCUGCCCUCAAUCUGCGACUCAGUGACGCCGAGUUGGAACUGGCGGAGGCAAAUUUAAGGGUCGCAAAGGCCGAAAACCGGGCGUUGCGUAGUGAGUUAACUGCCAAGGACAAGGCCGCACCGGGCAUCUCUUACGCCACGGCCCUGAAGCUGUCCAGGGGAGGUGAACCUACCCCAAUGCCCUCCGGAAAUGGUCCUGUCAUUGCCUUUUACCCAGCACAGGAGCAAAGUGACAAAAUAAGAACGGCGGAGGACACCAAGGCGGUAUUAAAAAAGGCCAUCAAGCCUGUAGCGAUGGAGGUGCAGGUGGAGCGCUUGCGUAAGGUGGGGAACGCGGGGGUGAUAGUCCAGACAACCACCGCAGAAGGCGCCGAAAAAUUGAAGUGUGCUGCACCCUCGACCCUGCGUGUGGAGGUUCCCAAAUCAAGGUCCCCGCAAGUUUGCCUUAGGAACCUGGAUGGGGACUUGGAGUCUACUGACAUCCUGGCGGCUCUGUAUGAAAAGAACUUCAAGGGAAGCAGCUGGACGGUGGCGCGCAUCCAGGCAGAGUGUAAAGUCUUUCGGAGGAGAGGGUUCAGAGGAACCACUACCGCGGUGUUAGAAUGUUCGGCCACAUUUAGGCAGGCGAUAUUGGAAAAGGGUCGGGUGGGCCAUGUAGCCGAGGUGAGGAGAAGAAGAAUAGAAGACUUCAUCAAUGGCCAUGAUCUUUUAAUAAGAAACGAAGCCGGCCAACCAUUCACCUUCUGCGGCCCAAACGGGAACUCAAACAUUGACCUUACGGUGUCGACUAGGAGCUGCAAAGUCCAUGAAUGGCAAGUGCAUGUGGAAAUGUCAAGCAGUGACCAUCGUCUCUUGACAUUUCUGGUGGGAAAUGACACUCGCACGGUAAGCGGCAAUCAGCCGAUCUGUAUCGCGCCGACCAGAUUUAGGGAGUCCGGGGUAUGCUGGGACCGGUUCCGCGCGGGAAUCAACUCAAGAAUGGGAAAUCUGAAUGAACUCGAAGAAAGGGGGAGGAGGAUA